AUGCCUCCACCAUUCAAUGCUUUCUCCGACCGACCAAUUGCUGUUGGUGGUCUGAGGGACCGCAGGGCACUGGCGCGUCAGAGCGAGUCAACACAGGAUUUCUCAAAGGAUAUCUCCUCUGAGCGCAACCAUGGCGGGAAACGUGUGACUGUACGUGGAGUGGAUCGAGCACAGGCACGACGGCGAUCAUUACUGACAAGUUGUGCUAGUGGUGUUGCUGUGCCACGUGUGGUCAGGGAAGACCAACCAUCCGAGCUAUUCGUUUCAUCAGUUGUAAGCUAG